AAAAUGAAUGACUUCCACCUUGAUUUUAGCCCACUCAAGGAGCCCUUGGGUUUCAUCAAGCUUCUUGAAUGGCUCUUUUCUGUCUGUGUGUUUGCAACCUGUGGCAGAUAUAAAGGAGUGACUACAGUUCUAGUCUCCUGUGGAGAGCUUGUGAACAGAACAGUUACAGCUUCUUUUGGCUAUCCUUUCAGAUUGAAUGAAGUUAAAUUCACUUCUCCAGAUCCAACCCGUUGUGGUGGCACUUGGACUGACUUUUACCUUGUGGGAAACUUCUCCACAGCGGCACAGUUCUUUGUAACAUUGGCUGUCUUAAUGUUCUUGUACUGCUUGGCAGCUCUUGUGCUGUACCUUGGCUAUAUGCACUUGUAUCAGAACAUUAGCGCCUUCCCAAUGAUGGAUUAUGUCUUUACUCUCUGUACUACUUUUCUGUGGCUGGUCAGCACUGCUGCCUGGGCAAAGGCUCUUGUGGAUAUCAAAGUAUCAACGGGACCACACAUUGUGGAGGAAAUGUCCUCUUGCAAACUACUAGGCUCUUCCUGUGUAUUUGAUUCUGUUACCAGUAUGAGAAGUUUGAAUGUGUCUGUGGUGUUUGGUUUGGUCAACAUUUUUCUGUGGGGAGGAAAUGCUUGGUUUGUACAUAAAGAGACAAUCCUGCAUAAGCCGAGCGGUAAUUCCCCAAAUUCUGGGCUGUAUCCACCUGCAUCAGGAAUCUAAAUGGGAAAUGUCGCUUCUUAGCAAAACAGCCACAUGACAACAACCUGUUGCAACCAUUUGAAAAACACUGCAGUUCAAACAACUUUAAUAGUAAUUUGUUUUUCAUGAUUAUCAAACUCCAAGGCAUAUAUUCC